GGUUUGUUGAUACGCGGCGCGGGCGGUGAGAGAGAGGGAGAGGGAGAGCUAGGGAGAGGUGAGAGGUGACUAUUCUUGCCGGCUGGUGAACGUAUCUCUGGUUAAGUGGCCAUAUUGCAGUGAGAGGAAGGAAGAGGAGAGGAGAAGAAGAACAAGGGAGGAAGAGAAGAGGUAGAAAGGAAGAAAAACAAUGUCGUGGCGAGGAAGAGGAGGUGGCGGCGGCGGUGGUGGCUGGGGAAGAGGAGGAGGAGGCGGCGGCGGCGGCGGCGGCGGCGGCUGGGGAAGGGGAGGUGGUGGAAGAGGAGGAGGAGGUGGAAGAGGCGGAUAUUACGACCAAGGACCACCUGACCAUGUGGUGCCAUUUGGUAGUUUGGUGAACACUUGCCAGGGUGACUUGGUGUGCCUAGUGUCUCACCAGGAUGUGCCACACUUCAACGCACCAAUCUACUUGGAGAACAAGGAACAGAUUGGCAAAGUGGACGAGAUCUUUGGCACAGUUAUGGAAAAAUAUGUAUCGGUGAAACUCAACGAGAACAUCAAGGCGUCCUCCUUCAACCAAGACUUUAAGAUCUACAUCAACCCUGCCAAGUUGCUGCCAAUCCACAUGUUUACAAACAGUAAGCCUUCGGGGCGUGGUGGUCGUGGUGGCAGGGGUGGUGGAGGCAGAGGAGGGAGAGGUGGCGGCUUUGGCAGAGGAGGAGGUAGAGGCGGCUUUGGAAGAGGAGGUGGAGGUGGAAGAGGAGGAGGAGGAGGGUUUGGAAGAGGUGGAGGAGGAGGGUUUGGAAGAGGUGGAGGCGGCGGCUUUGGAAGAGGAGGAGGAAGAGGAGGAGGAGGAGGGUUUGGGAGAUCUGGUGGUGGUAUUUCAAAGAGGUACUGAGAGAGAGAGAGAGAGAGAGAGAGUGUGUGUGUGUGUGUGUAAUUUUAAGGGGGUAAUUAAAAGUCAAGUUUGUGACAAUACAUCUUUUGUUAACAAGAUAA